CCUUGUAGUCGAAUGGAUAUCUCGGCUGUUUACAUCUGAAUAUGCGACCGGGGCGGAGAAAUCCGCCUGCCUACAUUUGUAUGCAACUGGCAACCAUAGAUAAGCUGGCAACAGUGGCAACUGAGUCCACUUCCACUACUACAGGGUCAACGGGCCGAGGCGCGGCGGAAUCAUCCGACGGAUUGCUCAGCUAACGUAUUUAUCCGUUAGUGCGACCCGCCCCGCCUCAGUGAACUCGGGUCUGACGUCUGUAGCAACGCAGUGACGGAAUUACGAAAAUAUAGAGGAUAAUUCGGAGAUAAAAGAGAGAAUGAAUGAGGAGCUAUUAAUCUCUAUUAUAGAAAGAUAUCCAGAACUGUAUGAUACUGCAGAUAGCAGGUAUCAUGAUGAAUUCAGAAGGAAUAAGAUUUGGGAAGAAAUAGGCAGUAUGAUGAAAGAAAAUCCUGAAAAUUGUAGAGUGCGAUGGAAAAGAAUAAGGGACAAUUAUCGUCGAGCAAAGAGUCUUCGGGUCACUAAAAGCGGUCAGGCAGCAAUCAAACAGAAACCCAUUAGAUACGAAAAGGAAUUAGCUUUUAUUUGUCCUUAUAUUUCCUUCAAAAACCCUGACAAAUUGAAGAAUAUUACAUCGUUAGUGAGCGACGAUGAAGUCCAAUCAAUAUCGCCCCCAUCUACACCAACCUAUAAAAGAAAAACAGCAAGGAAUACACAGUCGAAUACAUCGACACAAGCACUUUCACACAUUGAAAAAAAAUUCAAUAGAAAGGAGUCUACAAUAGUUGAUUUUUUUACAAAUAUGGGGCGAACGGUGGAUUCGUUUCCAGAAGAUAUUCAAAUAAGGGUCAAAAGCUCAAUUUUCAAAAUUGUAAACGAAGCUGAAAUGGAGGUCUUCGAAAGAAAAAAGAAUGUACCGCCUGCAGGUGCUCAGCAGAUUCAAAUUUUAGCACCUUCAGAAAAAUUUUUGCCUACUCUGUCAAGUGGAAUCAAAUCAGAAUCAAAUCUAUAAGGAAAAUUUCUAUGGGCCGAGCGAAGACAUGAAUAUGAACGAAUAUGUUAUAGUAUUUUUUCUUAUCUUUGAAAAUUAUUGUUGAUCUCCAUAUUUUUUUUUUUGUAUAUCGAGAAUAAAUGUUAUUUUUA